AUGACUUAUCUGGACACUGAACCGGAGAUAAGAUUGUUUGGAAAAUGGAGUGCCGACGAGGUCAGUGUGAGUGACCUAAGUCUUACGGACCACAUAACCGUCAAAGGCAAAGGAAAUCCCAUCCUGCCACAUACGGCGGGUCGAUAUCAGGUUAAGCGGUUUCGCAAGGCACAAUGUCCGUUAAUUGAGCGAGUAUGCUGCUCACUCAUGAUGCAUGGUCGGAACAACGGCAAAAAGCUGAAGGCACUGAAUAUAUUGAAACAUACAUUCGAAAUCAUACACUUACUGUCUGGCGAGAAUCCGAUCCAGGUUCUCGUGAACGCCAUUCUAAAUAGCGGUGCCCGGGAGGACUCCACUAGGAUCGGUCGUGGCGGCACAGUCAGGAGACAAGCCGUUGACGUCUCCCCUCUGCGUCGUGUCAACCAGGCUAUUUAUCUCCUUUGCACUGGAGCCCGCGAAGCGGCAUUCCGUAAUGUAAAGACUAUUGCUGAAUGCCUGGCGGAUGAGCUUUUGAAUGCAGCGAAAGGCAGUUCCAACUCCUACGCCAUCAAGAAGAAGGACGAACUGGAGCGAGUCGCCAAAUCGAACCGAUAAAUGAAUUCUCAA